GUCGACGCACGGCUCGGAGGACUGCCGGGCUGUGAGGGGGGGUCUUGGAGAGUAUAAGAGGUGUGCACACAGCCAGAGCGCACAGACACGGCUGACCGCCGCAGCUGAGGGGCCACACUCUCCUCCUCCUCCAUUUGGAUAGAAAACUCUUUUACGCAGAGACUCUGUUUCUACACUCUACCCUGGAAACUCUUCCGAGCGUUUUGUCUCGACUUUCUGUGCCUCCGCUUUCCUCCCUCGCCUCACGUCAAACAAUUAGAUCCGUCCACACAACUGUUUGAGCAAGUUUUCAGCAUCGCGGACAGCGCCGCGGCAUGGAGCCCUACACGGUCGCCGGAGAGCGGCUCUCCCUGUCCGACCUUUACUCCGUGAUCCCCUUCAAUGUGACCUUCGAGACCGGCUUGGUGGACGACAGGCUGCAGAACUACACCGAGCAGCAGACUCCGGUGAGGAGCACCGGGGGCAUGAUCGUAGCCAUAUCCAUCACGGCGCUCUACUCCGUUAUCUGCGUGGUGGGACUUCUGGGCAACGUCCUCGUCAUGUACGGGGUUGUCAGGUACACUAAGAUGAAGACUGCCACAAACAUCUACAUCUUCAACUUGGCUCUUGCUGACGCCUUGGCCACCAGCACGCUGCCCUUCCAAAGCGCCAAAUACCUCAUGAACAACUGGCCGUUUGGGGAAGUCCUGUGCAAGCUCAUUAUUGCUAUCGACUACUACAACAUGUUCACAAGCAUCUUCACCCUGACAAUGAUGAGCGUGGAUCGCUACAUUGCCGUGUGCCACCCAGUCAAGGCGCUGGAGUUUCGGACACCUGUCAAGGCGAAGAUGAUCAAUGUGCUCAUCUGGGUCCUGUCCUCAGCAAUUGGCGUUCCCAUUAUGAUCAUGGCUGUGACCAAAGUGGCAGAAAAUGGUAAAACCACGUGCAUGCUGAAAUUCCCUGAGCCUGACUGGUACUGGGACACUGUGACUAAGAUCUGUGUCUUCAUCUUUGCUUUUGUGGUUCCUGUGAUGGUCAUCACCAUAUGUUAUGGCCUGAUGAUCCUGCGUCUGAGGAGCGUCCGUCUCCUCUCUGGUUCUAAGGAGAAAGACCGCAACAUGCGCCGCAUCACCCGUAUGGUCCUGGUAGUGGUGGCAGCCUUCAUCAUCUGCUGGACCCCCAUUCACAUAUUUAUCAUCGUGAAAACCAUGGUGGCGAUCGACACCAGGAAUCCCUUUGUGAUAGCUAGCUGGCACCUGUGCAUCGCUUUGGGCUACACCAACAGCAGCCUCAACCCUGUCCUCUAUGCAUUUUUGGAUGAAAAUUUCAAGCGAUGCUUCAGGGAUUUCUGCCUCCCCUGUCGGACCCGUGUGGAGCAGAACAGUCUGACGAGUGGCCGAAACACCGCCAGGGAGCCGGUGUCCGUGUGCGCUCCAGCAGAAGCAGGGAAGAAGCCGGCAUGACUAGGCAUGGACUGGGUCCCCCACAGCUCUCGCUCGAGGAGGAUUCAACAAGAUCUGCAAUCAGAGGUCACCCAGAUCUCCACAACAGAGUUUUAAGAGAUCUUUGCAGGAAACAAUUUGACAGAAUCCUGUUGCUUAUUCUCUCCAAUUUGGCUGACACACUGGGCAUUCAAAGGAAAAGCUCAAGCUGAUGGAUAACAAGUUUCACUCUAAUCUUACUUUUGUUUUAAAGUUUUUUCCUCUGAAGUUUUUUCUCACAGAAAAUGUGAUGCCUUACAAAGGCAGACUGAUAAUGAUGGCCCAAAGUGGAUAUCCAAAUGUAAAGGCAAGAAUUCGAAGCCGAACUUCCCCGCCUCAUGAUUCAGAGUUUGAGAGUAGAGGACAUUUUGAUGAUGCAAGAAAAGACAAAAAACGCCUGCAGGUUUCUGACUUAUCAAGUAAAGAAUGCAUUGUUCAAACGCCACACAUCAUGGUUAUGGAAUAGAACAGAAGACAAAAGUUUCAAACAAUGGCCUUUUUGAUUCAAACAUUGUCACUUCAUCAAAGAAAUACUUGCAGAAACAGAUGAGAUUUACGUGAGUUUUUUGGGGGUGAUUAAAAUCUGCAUCAGAGAGAAAAAGUUCUUCACUUUUAACAUCAACAGAAAAUAAAUGAGCCUUACAGAACAGAACCACUCAACUGAUACCCACCGACAGCUGGAUGAUGAAUUGCCGCAUAGUUUGUUGCACAACACGGUCACCCUUCUCUACACAGUCUUGUUUGAUUUUCUGUAUGAUUCAGUAAACUUUUCAGGAGUCUUUUUUUUUGUCAGUUUUUAUGCAAAAGGAGACACUUGCCGCUAGUUUUCUCCAUGUAGACCAAUAUACAGUUCUGCCACCAUCAGCUAUGUUGAAAGCGGAAUUUGGUACUCUGUGUUCCCUGGAUUUAACCAAGCCUGCCAUAAAGGACAAGAACUCAUAACCAAGUCUGGCUUUUGUGACUUCUUGCUCAGAUAGAACAAUCACGAAUAGCUUCAAACCACUGAUGCUUGGAUUUCUGUGGGCUUCUUUUCUGCUGCCCUACUUGACUUUCAUGGGUGUUGCCAAUCUUGCACAAAGCCUCUGACCAGAAUCACUGAAGAAUGAUAAACCUGCCACUGCAAAACACUGUUGGCAACCGCAACACUUCACUCACCUUAUUGCUAUAUUGAUUGAACCAGAUAUAAAGUAAAGGAAAAAGGCGCAAGUUGGACUGAGAGCAGCUGCGUCAUGAUCCCGAAAGAGACGCCUGUCCUGAUGUCAACAAACGACUCCAAGGAGAUUAUUGAUCUACAUUUUAAAUUAGAAAAAUGUCUGUCAUCUGUCACAUUGAAUAUCUGUGACGCAGAAACUGAAUGACAUUAACCAGCACAGUAAAUCAUGCGGGGUAAUUUAUGUCAAAUUGGAGACAUCAAUCAAUGGAUACCAUAAAGUUAAUGACCAUUUCAUCCUUGCAUACCAGAGGAGGUAUGUCAGAGGUAACAGUAAUAAUAUUAAUCCUGAUUUUAUUGGAAUUUGCUCCCAUGUUGAAAGAUCUUCAAGGGCAAAUGUAGUAUAUGUUGACAUUUAAAAUGGAAGAAUAUUGCAUACAUUUGAUUGGUGUUAAAACGUGAAGUUGGCUUUAUGACAAAUGAGGUUAAUUCAAAACUGACAGAACACAUGGUAGCCAGGUAUUAAUCAUAGAGGGUAAAAAAAUAGGAAAGGAAAAAAAAUCAACAAAUGUGAAUUUGUAGAUAAUUUAAAGCUUUUGCAUUUGAACACAUUUGGCUUCAGCCACAGUUUAAAUGAUCAUGAGGUGUGCCUGUGAUUCUGUACGCUUUCUUUCCACUUUUGAUCUUGAUAUUUCAUCACCAUGCUUUUGAUUCAUGUGUCUCUAAAUGAAAAGGAGCACAGCAAAAAGGGUGUAAAGACAAUAGUCCAAUGCUUGGAAAUGAAUUUCUACUGUUUACAGAUUUAGCAGUUGCCUAAGGGUUAACUGUAGAUUUCCCCACAGAGACUGAGAGAGACAUUAAAAAUUGACUAUUCUAUGUGCAGCAGGAGAUGGACAUUUUUGCUGUGUGAUCCAUUCCUGCAUAUUUUCUUACAAUGAGUGUUGAUUUAAAGUGUCGUGUACUGUAUAUACCUGCUCUGCUUAGCUUUGACCAAGUGCUGCGUCUGUUGGGUGUGCAGAAUGUUUCUCAGCUGCCAUUAUUUUUGCAAAAUGAAGUUUAAUGAAGGCAGAAUGUACAGAAUUAGUUUUCCAAAAAACAGAGUGACAUCCGUGUGCAAGUUAUUAUAUUUUGACAGUUACAAUACAUUGAUAUCUUAAAAUUGGGGUAAUGAAUCAUGUGAAUUCUGGGCAUGAUUAAAAGUAAAAUGUACACUACUGUUCAAAAGUUUGGGGCCACCCUGGCAAUUUUAUGUUUUCCAUUAAACCGAAUGAGUCUUUCAGCAUGAUUAGCUAGCACAAUGUAGCAUUAGACCACAGGAGUGAUGGUUGCUGGAAAUGUUCCUCUGUACCCCUUUGUAGAUCUUCUAUUAAAAGUCAGCUGUUUCCAGUGAGGAUAGUCAUUUACCACAUAAACAAUGUGUAGACUGCAUUUCUGAUUAAUUCAAUGUUAUUUUCAUUGAAAAAAAAGUCAUUUGUUUUAAAAUAAGGGCAUUUCUAAGUGACCCCAAGCUUUGGAAUGGUAGUAUGUGUGUCAUUUUAUCACAUAUGAACGACUGACUAAAGUUUUUUUUCUUCACAUUGUACAGUUGUAUUCUUUUAGAGGCAGUGAGUUUCUAUACGUAGGUAGAUAUACUGCAAAAAGCCCAUUGCCCUUUUGUCUAUGUGACCGAGUCUAAAAGGAACAGUCGGCCACCUCAUCACACAAUGUGACAGUGAUAAAGUAAGAGUAAUCAAGCGUAACCGAUCAAUUCUGGUCAUCUAAUGUUGCCUUAUUGGUUGUGGGGAUUACGAGCUUUACUGAAAACCAUUUGGAUCCCUGGGGAUCACAGCUCUCAACUCUGUCUGCUGCAGCUCCCUGUUGUCCUCUGACCUUCACUUCACUACCUUCACACCCAAAAGUUAUCAAAGAAGCGGUGCAGUAAAAAUGUUUCUCAGACUCCCUUAAAUGUGUGUUUUCCUCAGCAGCUUGCAAAAUAAAUUGCAAUUUGUGAAGCAAUCAGGCAGUACUCCAUUAAAAAUAAUUACCAAAUGGCCACUGUAAUGAGCUUUAAGUAGUUUAGAUAAACGGCAAAAAUGAAAAUCAAAAUGAAAUAGCUGACCAAAAGACAUCAAAUUUGCUCACACCAAAUUAAUGAGAUGUUGUUAAUUUCCUAAUCAGGAUCAAAGAACCGUAAAUAAUUUGCUGACUAAACAGCAAACAAAAGGCAAAUCUGCUGUAGAACCAGCGACCGUUAGGAUGGUAGAACCUGAAAAACUGAAAUCCAACAGAACCCCCUCCUGAGAUAAAUAUUGUCUCAGUCUCUGUGCACUUUGAUGUGUCCAAAGACCACACUCAGGACCAGAAUGAUAGUCUUUCAUCUAUGAUGCUAUGAAUUGUACAAACAGGGAUAAUGGCAUACAUUUUCAGGCAGGCUUUCCUUGAGGCAUUUGUGGUGUUGCGCUUGGUUAACACAAAAAAUGAAACAAGUGGUGGUGUUAGCAUAAAAAAAUAGCUUCAGUCGCAACAGAGGGUGGGCUAACUGUGAUUUUGUUGGUUUUGGGAAGUGUGAAGUUGUCAAUUUCAAACUGUCAUUGCAACAUCUGUAAGAAGGGCGAUCCAACAAACGCUUCAUUUGAAGCAUACUAAGACCUUUACUCAUGUAGCUGCAAAGCAUGUUACUUUGACACAUGGUAGGUUUCGGUUCACAGUGGAUUCAUUUCAACAAAGCUAUGAUCCUGCCCUCACCAAGCCUAUACAGAUCUGAAGAACAGCCAACACUGUCUCUACAGAAUGACAUUCCUAUACAUCUAAAGUGCAUUCUCAAAUACAUUUUUGAGCAGAAAUGUAAUUUGUCAUCUGUGACCUCAUAGGAAGGACAGCCAGUUUGAAAGGACUAAAUGUGCAGCAGGAUGUAGAAUGAGAAGAUAGACUGUCAGCCAGAAGAUCAAGGUUCAUGUACUGUGAUGGAUGAAAGGCCAUCAGUCUCAUGCUAAGGUUUUGUUCUCUGCCGUGUUUUAUGUUUGGUUUUUACUAUCUUUCUGCUUAGGUUGAGAAAAAUAACAGGCUUUUUCACACAUUCUUACAAGCUUGGUUAAGGAAAAUUACUUGGUUAGGGUUUAUCAUGGUUGGGAUUAAAAUCUGAUCUUUUCUUUAUGAGUUUGAAGCAGUCUGGGUCCCGUCCCAUCUGAUGCAUGAUUUGUUGGCUGAAAAAGAGUGACAACAAAGCAAAACAACUAGACUGAUUAGACGCAGGCCAGUGGUACAGACGCACACUACCGUUCAGAAGUUUGGGAUCACCCAGACAAUUUCAUGCUUUCCAUAAAAACUCAUAGUUUUAUUCAUGUGCUAACAUAACUGCACAAGGGUUUCUAAUCAUCAAUCAGCCUUUCAACACCAUUAGCUAACACAAUGUAGCAUUAGAACACAGGAGUGAUGGUUGCUGGAAAUGUUCCUCUGUGCACCUAUGUAUAGAUAUUCCAUUAAACAUCAGUUGUUUUCAGCUAGAGUAGUCAUUUAUCAAAUUAACAAUGUCUAGACUGUAUUUCUGAUUAAUGUAAUGUUAUCUUCAUUUUUUUUUAAACUGCUUUUCUUUCAAAAAUAAAGACAUUUCAAAGCGAUCCCAAACUUUGAACGAUAGUGUAACUAUGUGGAGACUGGGUUGUAACAGUAGUGGCAGUUCAGAAAACAGCUACAAGUCAUUUUUUGCAACAGAAGGAAGACAUACAGAAAAGACAUUUUUACAUACGGAACAUCUGACAACAACCCAGUGAAUCAUCUUAGCAACUGAGGUGCCUUAAUGUGGUGUCAGUUUUAUGGGGAAGUAGAGGUAGCAUUAUAAAUGAGGCAUUCAGAGCAGACUGAGGGGGUAUUUCUACAUGUUCACCAACUUUUUGUUGUCUAACAUCAACUUCUGACUGGAUUGACAAGAAAUCACAAAAACAGGACCUGUCGUCCUAGAUUGUCUUUGUAUGACACAGGAAGUGUUUCCUUUAUGAAAACAUUUCUACCACUAGGCUGAUGAUUCGUCAGUACCAGUGUUUGGAUAUGAGUCAGAUCUAUCACUUUACGUGAAGGGCUUGGAAACACAUUUUGUUUUUGUUUAUUACCUGAUGAAUAUUUGCUGACAUCAUCCAUCAGUGUGAUCCUUGAAAUCCAGAUUUGUUUGUUCCGUUUAUUAACAGUUUCUAAAGACUGCAGCACAUGGGACAGGGAAGGAUGGGGAAACCUUUUAAAGCAUGUUAAGAUGGAGUGACACAGGCUGAGCAGAAUUUCUAGUGUUUGUCAGAAAAUGCUACCAAAAAAGUCAAUUUUAGCUGAUGGCUCCUUUAAUCUUCUUUUCUUUUCCUUUUUUUGUACACUUGUAACCUACAAUGCAUUAGUAUCGUUCACUAUUUUCUCAUUUUUCUAUUCGGUAUACAACUGCUUAACACUGUAAACAGAAUACUGAAAAGUCUGUGUGAAUAGAAAUAAUUGUACAUUUGUGCAAGAUGCUAAUUUGUUGUAUUUCCACUGACUGCAGUGCAGUGUGUGAGGCAAUUGUGCUGACCAUAGUUGGUUCUCUUCCAGUUCUUUUGCAGUGUUAACAUAUAGUUUCUUAGCUUCUUCUGGUGCAAAUGUUGUAUGAAACAUUUCUAAUACAGCAGCUGUGUUUCAAGCAUAACUUUAACUGUCGGCAAAAAUAAAGAAAAGAAAAUGAAGCUGAGAGAAAACUG